ACUGACAGACAAUUUUGGUUACUGACUGUGUUGAAAAGUGAUGGAAAAGAUCCUGUGAUUAUCGAUCUCAAGAAUAGCUUAGCGAAACUGUAUAAAAUUGCAUUUCAAAGACAACAAGAGCGACACUUGGGCAUAACCAAUGGUAGAAUCAAGCGAGCACCAAUAGAUGGUCCAGUAAAUGUCUACAUUCAUGAAAUGAACAGGACCAAAUUGAACGGCGACAAAAAAAUCGAGGUGUUGUACCACGUAUCUGUUGCAGGAAAACCGGUAUCUGCAAUAACAGCAGCCAACGAUAUGCAUCUUGUAUCAGAUGAAGAAGUUAGACAAGAGCUUGGCUAUCCGUUCCUUGUGAAGGCAGAACCAUAUCUCAAAUCCGGUGAGCCCCAAGGUUUGUCUAGCGCCAAGAGCACUUGGAUGUUCAUCGGUGUGUCCAUCGUAGGCUUCAUUGUUUUUCUGUUAGUGGUUGCCUUUUUCAUCCUUGGAUGUACGAAGAAAAAGAAAGUUUCAACUCCAACAAGUUCACAAGGAAUCGAAAACAGACAACAUAUUUUCGAGAGAGGAGCUGGCCACGAGAACAAGGGAUACACUGAAGAAGACACCAGAAGAAGGUCUCCCACGUAUAUCGACUUCAAAAAUGAAAAUACGACGAUGACAAGAAGCGUUGCUGUUGUUGCCAGGCCGGGAAGUUCCAUCAGUUCAAUGUCCUCCAGUUCCAGUAGUUUGGACAUUUCCCCUUUGAUGAACAUCAAGAAGCACCACCGGAGCCCCCCGAAGAAGCCAUCCAGAACGAGGCCAGCUCUCAAUAAAACGGCUCCCAUGAACUUCAGACGGAUGCCUCCCGAAGUGUUCGAUUCAGAUGGAAGUAGUAGCAGAAAAGAGUCACCAGAUGCCAUGCUUGUUGGAAACUAUGAUCCAGGAGUUGUCAGCCCGAAGUCAUACUUAUCCAUGCCAUCAGUUAAGUCCUUUCCAAGAGGAAAUAUGCCUGUUCCACUAAACAAAGUCCUUGAACCGGUAAGCAUUCUACACUUGGACAUGUUAGACGACCAACCACUGCACGGAGGGAACAACCAGGAAAAACACGGUAAAUUGGGGUUGGUUAGACACGGAAGCUUAGGGGCGGUUGAAGAUCCAGGAGUCAUUGGGCCAAUAGUUUGGAAUUCACAUUGUCAGAAACUUCAGCACGGAGUUAGUGUUGAUGAAGGGAUGCAUGAUAUGACUGUUGCACAGAACGUCUCGAAGAUGAGGAAGAGAUUUCACGACCUGUUGGAUGAUACGUUCAGUCUGUUUGGCAGUAGGAGAGGAAGUCCUGUUGAUAAGUCUGGACCUGAUGGAUAUUCUCAUAACGUACCAAUCGAAGUUAAAAGUCACUCUGUGGUGAAUACAAGGUCAACAGAUGACUUGAAAGCGGCAACUCCAAAACCGCGACCCAAAACUACUGACCUGCGAAAAAUGGACCAUCAAGCCAGCGGCCCCAAAGGCGCCUGGUCCAGCACCGCUCCUUCCCCUCUCGUAAGACCUCUCAGCGCUGGAAUAAUUAACCCCUAUCCAAGGGUAAACGUGAACCAGGUAUUGGCAGAGGGAAAAUUCAAAGAAAAUGAUCCAGCAGUGCCACUCAUUGCCGCCAUUAAAUCGGAAAUAGAACGUGUCUCGAUACCGGGUAGCAUCACAGACUUGAACAAUUAAUUGAUUGUAGCGUGAAUAUGUGUUUAGGCGGCUUUCACACGAUGCCCACAGACCUGAGAUCUGAAGAGAGCGAUACAAAAGGUUUACAGUCGCGCCAUUGCAAAACACUUCUCCGAAGUACCCAACUGAAGUAGGAGAAUUGUGUUUCCACUCACUGACAGGAAGCUACUUAGCGAUAUAUCGAAAGCAACAUAUCGCUCAUCUCAUAUUGGCUCAGUGUGAACCUCGCCUUAGAUUUUGUUUGUAGAUUGUUGUUUAGUCCA